AUGUCAGACUCGGGCCUCGCCGCUGCGGGGAGCAGCACAUACUCGUCAAACACUCUACAUGUUGGAGAUGGCACCUGGGACUCAGGGCGAGAUACGUUCUUGCUACCCAAUUUGAUGGGUGUCAACUUUGAGACGAUGCGAUACAAUGGCAUGGGCAAUCGGUUCAAAGAUAUGGCCGGUUACCACUCUAUCAUCAUCGCGCACGGCGUUAUUGCAGCAAUUGUUUUCUUGGGCAUCGUGCCUAUAUCAACCCUAAUAAUCCGAUAUUACUCCCGAUGGAAUCCAUACUGGGCAUUUAAAUUACAUGCUUGGGGUCAGGUGCUGACUUUGCUCCUGAGCACUGUCGUCUUUGUGCUUGGAUGGUUCGCAGUUGGGCCAGAAAGAAGCCUGACCAACCCUCACCAUGGAAUUGGCCUAGCAAUCUACGUUUUGGUUAUUUUCCAAGUACUCUGGGGCUGGUUUGUUCAUAAAGUGGAGAGCAAGAGACAACGAGUUCAUGUUCCCUUGAAGCUGGUGUUUCACCGGUGGAUGGGUCGUGCCCUUGUUGUUCUUGGAAUUGUUCAGAUCCCACUGGGACUUACACUUUAUGGCUCGCCCAAGGUCCUUUUCAUCUUGUUCGCUCUUGCAGCCUUCGCCUACUUGGUUGCCUACUUUAUACUCUCGUAUCGAUAUGAUACCGAAGGAUAUCAUAUGGGGAGUGAGCAUGGUGGCGGUCACAGCCAUUACACCGGACCAUCAGAGGUCUCGGAGCACCAUGGCGGUGGACACAUGGGUGAAGCACUUGCUGGGGGUGCUAUGGCCGCUGGUCUGGCUUCAAUGUUCCGACGACGUCCUCGCAGUCGCCACGCCAGUCAGGUCUAUGAGGAAUCCCGCACCUCAGUUUCGGAUGAGAAGUACUCGGAUGAGUCUUCCAAACAUGGUGGUGGUUUCGGUAAGAAAUUUCUCGAAAUUGGUGCUUUAGCUGGGGCUGGUCUUUUAGCCAAGAAGUGGUGGGAUCGUCGAAAGAAGCGUGAAGAUGAUGCCGAGUCCGGUCGAUAUAGACCGGCUCCUCACUCGCGCACUAAUAGCUACACAGACGAGUCGCUUAGCAGGAUGGAAGAUGGCCGACCAGAGCCAACCCAUCGAACACCACUCAACCGACCACCAAGCCGUCUCCCGAGCAGAUCACAAAGCCCGGGUUCGUCUUAUUACAACAGUACAUACUUCACUGAGCCUCCCAAGCGAAAGUCAUCUGGCGUCAAAGACGCAAUUUUGGGUGCCGGUGCUUUUGCUGCCGUGAAGAGAUUGUUUAGUCGUGGCAACAAGAAAGACGAGGAAGAGAAACAGCGGCUGGAGGACAUUCGUCGCCAAGAUGACAUCGAUGAAUCCUUACAGAGAGCAAACAGCAAGCGACGUCCUCAGGGAGAAGGAGGCUUCUACCCAAGAAGAAGGACCAGCUCGUACUCUGAAAGUGAUCUCACUGAAACAGACCUGACCCGCCCACCUCGACAUGUAUCGCAUGGAGAAUCUCUUCUCACGGCUGAACCUAUGGCUUCGGGCGCCGUUCAUAGUAGCAUCGUCUCGGACAUGCCACCGCCGAUGCCGCCAGCUCACCAAACAUUCUCUGGUGACUUGCGGCCUGAACGGCCUCCUUCUCGUCACUCUCGUCUUUCCCAUGAUGCAACAGAGCUAGCUGCACCUGUUGCCGCUGGAGCAGCGCUUGGAGCAACUUCUCGCCACAGCCGAAGCAACAGUCGACACCGCGACGACCAUGUCGAGUCACCACCAGUAUCUGUCAAAGUCAAGAUGCACAACGACGGACGCCAUGUAACCCUCCGCCGACUGACAGAAGAGGAAGCAGCGGCAGGUCGCGAGGCCCGCCGCAGAGAACGACGAAACUCCCGCCGUCGCAACAGCAGCAUAGGCUCCCUAUCCGGCCAUGAAGACGCCCACGAUGAUCGCUGGCGCCGCGUCGAAGAAAUGGAACGCCGACAAGACGCAGAAAUAAGACGUCAACAAGCCGCUGCAGCUGCAGCUCCCCUCGCUCCACCCCAAGCAUCCAUGGCCCCCUCAUCUUCAUGGGCAGCACCCCAAUCGCAAGUCAGCGUCAUGCCGCCACCCCCUCCUAUCCCCAACCCUGCCCCUUCAAGCAUGCCCUAUGGCCCGGGUAGUAUCACCUCGCCUACAUAUACCGGCACGGAUGUCAGCGGUUCAUACGCGAACAACCGCCGUCGCAGACGUGCCGAGCGAGCCCGUACCCGCCAAGAAAGGCAGCAAGCACAUGGUGUGGAGUUUACCUAA